UCAACGAUCGUCACCAUAACGUCGAAGCACCAGCCAGCGAUACCGACUGGGCAGCGGAGGGUGAUGGCCGUCAGCUGUGUGAGCCAUGCGGCCAGUUCCUGGAUGAUUUCGAGGGGCAGUCGUCGCCAGAAAGACCGCUCGGCUGCCGUGGCCGUGCUGAUGGUUUUGGUGAGGGACCGCUUGCUCCCGUGAGUGUCGCGACAGCUGCAUAAGCAGGUGGAGCGGGAGGAAGGCGAUGAAGCGAACAACGAGACCAGGCUGCAGACAACAAAGGAGGACAACCAAUCGAUCAGCUCAUAUCACCACGGCCUGCCUGAUGCACUUGUGUUGAUGCUUACCACUCUACCUAUGACGUCGCGUACGACAUCGUCGACGGUCAUGGACGCUGAGGCAGCAGCCUGAACCAAACACGACGAGUCAGACAAGACAAAGCAGCCACUUCUGUUUGGUUGCAAUGGAAGUGGAUGUGCUGCCGGCUGUGUAUGAGUGCAUCGUGCACGCACCUGCUGUCCAUUUGGCUGUGGUGGGUCUUCAGCGCCAUCACCGUCACCAAGCAACGUCCCAUCUACACCCUGAUCAACAACACAGAGAGAAAACGGCCUGUUUGGGUGCGGCUGCUCCAGCUUUUUCGUCCCUCUCAGUCUGCCUCACCUCCUCUCUGCUUGGGCAGUGUCCUUUGGCCAUCAGGACGGCCCUCCAACCGCUACAAAACCAAUACUGCCGCCGAUGAACGAAGGAAUCUCGUUGCUGUGGAUGAAGUGAAAGAGUAUCCCCUGCUCGGCCACCAGGAACGCUCAAACGUCA